CGCAAUAACAGUAAACAAUGCUGGCUCCGACGCCGCACCAGCGCCACCAUGACAAAGUCGAGAAGCGUCUGCUUGAGAAAUUCAGGGUGAGCAAUGUCCUCCUGGACUCGGACGAGCAUGCCAAGAUCAACGAGAUGGUGGCACGCGUGGCCAAGCUGGCCGCCGAAGACAACCUGCGCGAAGACGGGUUCUUCUUUGCAGACGGAGUGUACACUGCAUCGAGAAUGUACAAGGUGACACCCGGUAUGGUGAAUCGCUCGUUCGUAGCACACACGAAGCCAGUGUACGGCGUGUAUCCAUUCAGCGAUGGGGUGCAUGUCGCUACCAUUGGCAUGGACAGCAUGUUCGUAUGGGCUAUGGAUCAAGCCGACCCCGUCACAUCCGUUGGGCGCAGUGCCGUGACUGCCAACCAGUGCCUUACACGUGGCGCCGUCACAGGAUCGCGCGUGGCCAUCUGCGCAGGAUCGGAGCCGUCCACGUGUCGAUGGAACGAUCAGGCACAAACAUUGACUGUUAAGCACCGCGGCACCAGGUUUGGCCAUGACGACGUGAUCACAUGCAGCUGCUUCACGCCGGACGGAAGCAUCUUGGUCACUGCAUCCAUGGACACAACAUGCAUAUUCUGGCAGGCCGACACCAUGGCGCUGCUCGGGGUCCUCCAUGCCCACCACGGAGGCGUAUCGUGGUGUGGCUUUUCACCGGACGGACAGUGCCUGUUCACAUGUGGCGCGUUGGAUUACUUGACCAAGCGGUGGGCCGUAUCCGCUUGGCUUGCCGCCCACGCCGCCGGUGGAACCAACAGCACGACCACACCACCGGUUUUGAGCCAGCAACCAGUACACCAACAACGUCCUCCGUCGGCUAGCGCUGGCGAAAUCAUCGGUUCUGCAUUGACCACCCCCGCGAAUCCAACAUCAUUAGACGAGCCAGCGGCAACAUUACACGACCAAAGCUACCACCAUGUGACGCCGCCACUGCAACCCUCUCGCUUGCUGGACUGGAGUGCCAGGCAAAAGUACAAUCGAGCGCUGGACAGUCUCUUCUCCCCCGACAUAACGCUGCAAACCCUCACAGGCGAGCACCACUUGCCGCAGUUUUGUAUGAACGACGACUGGAGCCACAAUCGCCACACCCAAAACCAACCCGACCUCCUUCUGCCCCCACUAUACGAAUUCACCUCUUCGGACGACGGAACCAUCGGCCUUCGAGAAGCCGCCGACGACCCCGCGGCGCUCACGCAGCUGGAAUCGAUCGACAUUCUGAGCUUGUUGGACCCGACGUCGUCCACAAAGCAUCCCCUGUGCCAUGACCGCGUGUCCUUCGAAGCCAACGACAUCCCCCUCGACGUCAUGCCCGUGGUCGUGUUUGAAUGCAGAACUACACACGGGAUGUUUGUCCAGCACACCCACACCAUCAACUGGUGCACGAUGGGAACCCCAGUUGUUCCACCACCGCCCCAGUCGUCAGCCCAUGGCGAGGUAGCCUCCACGGGAACCAACGACAUAGUGGUGACAGUUGCCUCGGAUAAGUGUAUCAAGUUUUGGCAUGCCGAGGACGGACGUCACAUGCACACCAUCCGCCAUGCCCACGACCGCGAUAUCUUGACAUGUGCAAUGUCCUCGGCCCCGUCUACUUACUUGGCCACAGGAAGCAGCGACAGCUUUGUCAAGAUUUGGAACCCAUCCACGUUUGAGUGUGUGUACACGUUGAGAGGGCACUUUGAUUCGGUCUUGUCGGUGGCGUUCACACCGUCGGGGACGUGCGUCUACUCGGCCGGCCACGACGCCCAAGUGAUCAAGUGGCAGGUCAUCCCCACAGAACCCGACAUUCCAAAGCAGCCUGUGGUGACGAACGUCGACUGCCAUGCGAUUGACAUUGCGUGGCUCGAACCGUUGGGCAAUGGAGCCCGCAUUGAAAAGUACCAGAUCAAAGUCGCCAAAGCCAAUGGGCCGUUUGGGAUGGCCAUGGAUGUGUCGGCCGAUGACUUGCAGUACUGCAUCGAUCGUCUCGACCCAGGAUGUGUCUAUUCGUUUUGUGUGGCUGCUGUGAAUCGGAUUGGGUCCAGCGCGUUUAGCGUCCCCACGACCCCCGUUGAAACCGUGGCUUAUCGUCCGUCCAAGGUGAAGAAACCAUGCAUUUUGUCGGACGUGGACACUCGCAGCGUCAUGUUGGAGUGGUUGGUUCCAACGGCGAACGGCGCGGCGAUUUCGCAUUACCACAUUCGAUGCAUCCCCGAAGAUCCGCUAGACAUGGAGCCCACCGUGGAGAUUCGCGUGUCCGUCGACGAGAUUCAAGCCGACACCCGCGCCGCCCACGACGCCAUCCAAGCGGAAAUCGACCGAAAAGCCAAAAUAAGAGAGGACCGCCGCAUUGCGGCCCACGCCAAGCGACCCAAGCGCACGGAGAAGAGCGUCGAGCGCAGUGAAAAGCUACGCAAGCAGAGCGACCAACGGAAGGAAAGACUAGCGACCCACAGCUCACUUUCAACAACAUUGCUGUCGUCGGCCGCGGCCGACAUACCCGUGCUCGUGCCCGCGACACUCAAGUUCAAAGUCAGUUGUGUGCACCCAGGCACGAUUUAUCAAUUUGAAAUUGCCGCCGAGAAUCGUUGUGGUAUUGGCGACUAUAACGUUCCGUCGUCGUACAUCAAGACCACGUCGUGCGCUCCGGACGCGCCCGCCGCCCCGACGAUCUCCAACAUCACACCGCACACUGUCGACAUGACGUGGGAGAAACCGCGGCACAAUGGCAGCGACAUUGUGCACUACACGCUGGAGUGGGCGCAGGACGGACGCGACGUCGAAAGCGUCGUGGUGCUCACCCGAAGUCUGCCCACGACCGUGCACACUGUCACACAGUUGGCCGCGGGCACGUGGAUCCAAGUGCGAGUACAAGCGUCCAACGUGAUCGACAAGGUGGUGCUCGAGUCGCCGUUCUCGCCGUGGUCGGGCCGCGUCAAGACACUCCCCAGUGUCCCCGCCGCCCCCGCCAAGCCCGUGCUGGCAUCGGCGACGUCGCACACGCUGACUGUUAACUUUGUCGCACCUUGUGACAACGGAAAACCCAUCCAGCGGUAUCAUGUGAUGCUGUUCAUCGAAGACGACUCGUACGGUGUCGUGUCGCAGCGCUUCUGUCAGCAGCUCGUGUGGUCGUUGGACGAAUUAACGACAGUGGAAAACGACGGGUUCAAAGCCGAGUUGAUCGGCCUCAAAGCCAGCAAGCGCUACGUCGUGGCCAUGGCCGCCGAAAACGAGCUCGGAAAAGGCGACUUCAGCCCCGUGAGCCAAGGCGUCCCUACUAAACCUGCCACCGUUCCAAACAUGUUGCCAAUGGCUCCCAUGGUGUCGAAUGUGCAUCCAACCAAGGUGGAUCUUGCAUGGACCGUGCCAUCGCACGACGGAGGCAGCGCUGUGACAGCGUACGCCAUCGAGUACAGCCUGAACGACGGGCCGUUCGAAAACGAACUCAAGAUCCAGCGACUCGACACGACUCUCACGCUGGACUUUCUCAAACCCAAGGCAACAUACUCGUUCCGUGUGGCGGGCGUCAAUGCCGCUGGUACCGCCACGUACUCGCCACCCACGGACCCAAUCACCACGCCCAGUUUGGUGGAGCACACCCUGCGCCACUACUUCCUACAUCGACCUCCCCAAGAACAUAUUGCAGCAACGUCCAUCCAGAAACGAUAUCGGUCGUGGAAGCAUGCGACAAAGGAAAGCGCGGCGUAUGCAAUGUACAUGCGGCAGUGUCUGGACAACUGGAAUGUAUUAUAAUGACAAAUAUUCAAUUGGAAUACCGAUCGCCAAAUCACCAACAUGCUCAC